AUGCCUUCGGAGAAGAACUACAGACUCUACGUGAAGGGCCGCCACCUGAGUUAUCAGCGUUCCAAGCGCCAGAACAACCCCAACACAAGUCUUAUCAAGCUUGAGGGCGUCGACGACUCCAAGGCCGCAGACUUCUACCUGGGCAAGAAGGUCGCUUUCGUUUACCGCACGUCUCGCGAGGUUCGGGGUUCCAAGAUCCGGGUUAUCUGGGGCAAGAUCACCCGGACACACGGUAACUCCGGUGUUGUCCGCGCACAGUUCCGCAACAACCUCCCUCCCAGGUCCUUCGGCGCUACCGUGCGCGUCAUGCUGUACCCUUCCAACAUCUAA